UGGUGAGCGGGGGCCGGGGGGUGCUCUGUUCCUCAGUUAAACUCUUGUCCUGUAGGUGUAGCCCGUCUGGUUACCGUCUGGUUAGGAGCUCUUCUUCUCAGCACGGAGCUCUACAGGCCAGAGAGCACACCGCGGGGAAUAGCGAGCACAAGUCACGGCGAACUGAAGGAAACUUCGGCGGACACAUGAGAGGCUUCGCGUGAAUCCGCGCACGAGACACUGCAGCGCCGACAUGUUCACGCGCGGGGCGAAGAAGCGACGCUCCGGUCGCUCGACAGAGGCGGAGGAUCCGGACCAGGGACAGCCGUGUAUGCGCUGUGCAGAACAGUGUCCUGGCUUCCGCAUGCAUGGAUGGAGGAAGAUCUGUGUGCACUGUAAGUGUGUGCGGGAGGAGCAUGUGGUGCGCUCUGUGCCCGGACAGCUGGAGAGAAUGAUGUUGAAGCUGGUGUCUGACUUCCAGAGGCACUCCAUAUCUGACGAUGACUCGGGCUGCGCCUCGGAAGAAUAUGCCUGGGUGCCGCCCGGGAUCAAGCCUGAACAGGUGUAUCAGUACUUCAGUUGUAUUCCAGAAGACAAGGUCCCAUAUGUCAACAGUCUAGGAGAGCAAUACCGUAUUAAACAGCUUUUACACCAGCUGCCGGCCCAUGACAGUGAGCCUCAGUACUGUAACACUCUGGAUGAAGAAGAGAAGAAAGAAUUGAGGUUAUUCAGCCAGCAGAGGAAGAGAGAGAAUCUGGGCCGUGGCAUCGUACGACUCUUUCCGGUCACCAUGACCGGAGCCAUCUGUCAACAGUGUGGCAGGCAGAUCUGCGGUGGUGACAUAGCAGUGUUUGCGUCGCGAGCGGGUCACGGCUCCUGCUGGCAUCCUCAGUGCUUCCAGUGCGCUUCCUGUAACGAGCUGCUGGUGGAUCUCAUUUACUUCUAUCAGGACGGACACAUCUACUGCGGCCGGCACCACGCCGAGCGCGUCAAACCCCGCUGCCAGGCCUGCGACGAGAUCAUCUUUGCGGACGAGUGUACGGAGGCUGAGAGCCGGCACUGGCACAUGAAGCACUUCUGCUGUUUCGAGUGUGAGACGGCGCUGGGCGGCCAGCGCUACAUCAUGAGAGAGAGCCGGCCGUACUGCUGCCACUGCUACGAGUCUCUGUACGCCGAAUACUGCGACACCUGCGGAGAACACAUCGGUAUAGAGCAGGGUCAGAUGACGUAUGAGGGCCAGCACUGGCAUGCGUCUGAAGCGUGUUUCUGCUGCGCCUGCUGUCGACUCCCUCUGCUGGGCAGACCCUUCCUGCCUCGCCGCGGACUCAUCUUCUGCUCCCGCUCCUGCUCGCUCGGGGACGACCCAGACAACUCCGACUCCUGCGAUUCUGCCCUCCAGAGCAAACCAGUGUCACAUAAGACCAUUCAAAACCUGCAGCAUAGUUCCACACCACGGCCACAGGAGGGAACCAGCGUCACUGCCGCCACCUCUACACUGAACACAUGCAAACAUACAGUCAAAGCAGCUAGUACAACAACAGCCAAUGGGGGGCAUUUUCCACUGGAGAGUAAAGCAGGUGUUCACACCUCGUUCCGUCCUGUACUGAAUGGCGAGCCUCCAGCAUAUGAACACUCACAUCUGUCCUCUCAGCUCCGUCCAGCAGCCAAUGACAGGCCAGCAUUAGUUUGCACGGACCAAUCAAGCAUCAGCACGCAGCAGGUGAAUCACACGCCAGACCGUCUGGAGUUUUCAGCGGAGCUGAACGGAUACGCAGAAUUUGGCCAUUUCCCGCCAAGCUUCACGUCUAGAGGGACGUCCACUGCAAAGGAUUGUGGGAACAUCAUCGAGAGCAGUUGUUCAGGAAUUUCCUCUCAACUGGAGUCUUCAGAUGCAUUUGAUGAUCUAAAUGACUCCGACUCCUUCCCGCCUCCUCCGCCCCCCGUUUUCUUCGAUCCGUCUGAUUCCCCGGCUGCUGUCACCGAAGCCGAAGACGUGCCAGCGACACCGGUCCGCAGCAGCACCGCCAGGGUCAGCUUCAGAGAGCCAAUCAGCUGCAGCUAUUCAGUGGAAGAGGAAGAGUGGGAGGAAGAGGAAGUGGUGGAGACGGAGACAAGAGGGGAUGAGGAUGAGGAGCAGGAGGAAGAUGGAGGAAGUUUGGGACACAGGUUGCACUUCUGCACUGAAGGACCAUCUCAAAUGGACCUGCUGGAUGGGUCGAAGCGCCACAGUUUCCAUCGGGGAAGCCGUGGCCACAAUCCCAGCGAGAAGCGGCUCAGACGCUCCAGCGACAGACCUCGUCUGGAAACCCUGGCAUGCAGAGUAGGGGACCGCAGGCGGUCCAACAGCGUCCUGGACGGCAGCCUUACCCUGCACUCCACCCGCUACCGCCACGAAGACUCCUGCUCCACCUGCUCCUCUUCCUCAGACUCAGAGGAGGAAGGCUUCUUUCUGGGCCAGCGCAUUCCCCUGCCACCGCAGCUGACGGGUGGAGAGAGAGCAACAGAAGGACAGACAGAGGACGAGGACAAAAGCCGAAGAGGAAGCUUCAGGAGGAGGACACAGAGUCUCAGUAGAAAAGACAAGGACAAGAACUGCAUACUGUCCUGAGACCAGGACAUGCGUGUUCAAAACUGGAAAUUAAAGAACUCGGUCACUCUCUGAACUAACAAGCUGCUCAGUCAAGGUCAAAGUUUAUGAGUCACAUUUUGUGUAACAAAAAUAGAAAGUAUCUUACAGUCUGUGCAAAUGUGUGCCAGUAUUUUUAUAAAGGUGAUAAAAUAUUAUCC